CUUUUGUUGAAGUAUUUAUUCAAUGGCAGAAAAUCCAGAAGGAGGUGCAGCACAGGAAAGUGGAGGAUAUGAUUACAAAAGACUACACAGUUACCCCUUGAUCCGUUACUCGGACAUGAAUGAUGAAAUGCGAACUGAAGCAAUGGAGCUCUGUGUAACAGCUUGUGAAAAGUUUUCAGCGAAUAACGAGGCUGCUGCAAAGAUGAUAAAAGAAAGCUUGGACAAGAAAUUUGGCUCUUCCUGGCACGCAGUGGUGGGUGAAGGAUACGGUUUUGAGCUCACACAUGAAGUCAAGAAUCUUCUCUACAUGUAUUUUGGAGGGACUGUAGCAGUUUGUGUGUGGAAAUGCUCCUGAAAUGACCAUUAUUUUACAUGAAGAUUUAUCUGUUGUUGGAACAGUUACAUGUACAAGACUAACAUACAAAACAAUAUUGCAUGCUUAAUAGGCAAUACUGAAAUAGUGAUUGUUAGGACUCUUUCUUCCUCUACCAAACAAGGAGACUCUAUUUAAUUUUAACUGUCAAGAGUGAAGAUAAGGUGAAUGUGAUAUUUGAAUUUCUUGGUAUCUUCAUUAGAAGAGGUUUGACUGCCUGCUCAGAUCUUUUAUUCACCAGUCAGUCUAGCAUAUGUCACUUUUACUUUGGUAGCUAUUGAGAGAGCUUGUUUUUCAUGUAGCACUUGAGCAUUAAUGUUUCAUGAAGGUCUUCUUUGCAACACAAGCUACAUUGUGCUCCAAACUCAACUUAAUUUGUUUUGUUUUUGUACACUGAUAUUUGUAAAUAAUGUACCAAAAGUAAUGUAGAAACCUCAUUCAAGCAAAUAAAAUAAUGAUUUCUGCAAAAAAUAAAAAAAAAAAAUAAAAAAAAAAAUAAUAAUUUCUGGAUGAUUUAGUAUGACCACU